UGGAGCCCCCCAGAGCAGGGGCCAUUCAGGACACCCAUCAUGGGGGGAAUCAGGCCUGGGAUGCUCUCCAGCGGCUGCUGCCACACAGGCCUUGGAGAGAUGAUCCGUGAAACCCCCAGAAAGCGCGGCCCCUGGCACACAGCUUUGUAGCACUGGGACCCCAUACACAUAAGCCGCCAUCCAGCAGGGCCUUGGGCCAGCCCCACCCUCUCCCACUGCCCCACUCUGGGAGGCCAGGGAACAGUUCACAACUUUGCAAUGACCAGCUGCAGGGAUCCUGGCGGGCCCUGGAUGGCUGAAGAAGCCCCCAAGGACCCCUCAAAGCCCAUCGGUGCCUGGGAGGAGACGAAACCUCCCCAAUGGAAGAGUUGGCAAAAGAGCCCACAGCAGAAGCAGGAGCUGUGUGUGCCUCAGCCCUUCCAUGCCGAUUCACCAGCCUACUGUAACGCCUGCUUGAUGAGGCUAGACUCGGAGGAGAAAGAGGCUCUGGAUUACAUCGAAGCCUUUCUCACGAGCAAUGAACAGGACGAGGCCAAGAAACUCAAGUUCUUGGAUUCCAUCAGCACCCUCAGAAGCCUGCCUGCUUUUAUGAACAAAGCCCUGCUAAUGGAGAAGAUAAAGGAGCUGAUUGAUCACGAGUCCGUCGACUCCCUGACCGGCGUGAUGCGUCAGCAAGCUAUGCUCGCCAUCAUGAAGCUGAGCAAAAUGAAGCUACCGGUGCGGAUCCUGACACAACCCAGCCUGCUCGCCACCUGCUUCUCCAGCAUCUUCUCCCUGCCUCCAGCACACACCAUGGAGGAGGUGGAGGCUGCUCUCUACACCAAAACUUUGAAAACCAUGGAUGAGAUGCUGAAGGCCUUGGUGUGCGAGGAUCAGGAGCCCAACCUUCUGGUGCUGCAAAUCAUCUUGAAGGUCCUGCUCCCUUGGACCACAUCCAGGGAGGUACAUGAGCGGCUGAGGGCAGUGGGAAGGAUCAGGUGGCUGAUGGAAUUCAUGGGGUCUCAGUGCAAAUUCCAGGAAGUGGAGGAGUUCAGAGUCCUGGGCCAGCUGGUGGGGUGUCUCACUCUGUGCUGUGUGGAGCAGGAGCAGGAGAUCUGGCAAUCGGCUGUGGAGGGACUUCACCACCUCUUCUCCUUCAUGCAGCUGCUAAAAUCCAAAAUGCUGGUGAAGCACGGCGCAGAGUAUCGGCAGAUCCUCAAGGACAGUCAAACUGAGAGAGCCUUCUGGGUCACCAACAUCAGCAAUAUCACAUCGCUGUUUGGGAAGUACUUCAACCCAUCCGAGAGCAUGGACUUCCUCCUCGUUGCUAUCGACGGCGUGAGAGACUCCAGCGUCCAUGACACAGUGACGGCCAGGAACAUGCUGCAUAAGAUCCUGGAGGUUCCCGGCCUAGGCUUGGUGAGGGUGUCAGAGGCUGUGAGGAGCAUUCAUAAGCACCUGGACUCCAUCAGCGAGCCACUUGCCCGGCAGGAGCUGCUCAGGGCCCUUCUCCUGCUGGGUUCCCAGUUCAGCGAGGAGGUGGUCGGAACCCUGCUGGGCUGCUCACUGUCAUGUGACAGUGUUGCUGCGGAGAUGUGGAAGAUGCUGACAUCCCAGCCCAAGAGCACAGAAAAGAUCCUUAGGGAGCUGGUCAGCAGGCUGCAGGGGCAGGCUCCACGACGGCAUCAGCUCUCUCAGAGACCGGCCGGCGUCGCCUCCUUGGCCGCCACAAGAGCCCUAUAUGUGAUCCUGCAGGAGCAGGCCUGCAGGCAGGAAGUGAAGGACCUCUUCCCUCAGCUCUACGUCGCACUGCUCUUCCACGUCACCCACACAGUGCAGCACACUGCUUUGCAGGAGAGGGAGCAUAACCAGGAGGACACGGCCGCACCCCUCAGCCCCGUCAGGUUCGCGGUGAAGGCCAUGGAAGCUUUGCUUCUAUGCGCUGGCUACAAGGAGCAGGCCACCUUCAUGAUGAAGCAUGGCCGCUGGGACCUGCUCAUGAGCUCCGACACGCACCACAAAGGUGUCUGCCUGCUUGCCCGGGCCAUGGUUUCGCUCAAUGUCGAGGAGCGAAACUGGAUUUUCCACCAUGUCAUGGCCAUCCUCAACGAUCGGGAUGAUAGGCGGUACGUCCCGGCCGUGGCGCUCUUCAUUCAGCUCCUCAAGUGCCCUGACCUUGGCAGCGAGCUGGAAGACGCCAUCGUGGAGGAGAUGAGCGGGCUGCUGAGAGACCCCAAGACCGUGGUGCGCUGGUUGGCGCUCAAAGGCCUCCUCAAUCUGGCCCUUCACCCAGAGAAGGUGGGGAAACUCCAGCAUCUGCUGCCAGAUGUCCUGGAGCGACUCCAGGAGGUAGACAGAGACCUCAUCCGCAAGGCCAUCGCCGUGCUGAAACACCUCCUCGCCGGCAUGGACAGGCAGAGCGCCAGCUGCGCGGCUGUGCAAGUGGCUGCGCAACUCCUGCCGUUGUUUCAUGAUGUAAGGCCUGGCAGCUCACAGGAGAUCCCAUCAAACUGCAGACAUGUGACCAGCAAGCUCCAGGUGCUCUCCAUCACCCUUUUUAAAGACCUGCUGGAGCUUGUAAGGGGCCCAACCGGAGGCAGAUGA